GUUAGGACAGUCGCGCAUGACGCACAAAAAAUAUUUCGGGACUGUAGGAAGUCGACGAAUAAGCUCUUUCAUAUUUCUCUUUUUCCAUUUUUCUUUCUCUCGGCGCGUUUUGCGUUUACACUUUCGUGGCUCAAGAUAAAGAAACCUCGGGUGGUCUGUUUAGUGGGAAACAAAAAGUAAUGCAGCACCUUGGAAAAUCUCGAAAUUAAAUUGUCAGCAACCAUAACCAACUAAACGAAAACUGAAUUUCAUUAAAUCUCUUCUUGCCAUUUAUAUUACUCGAUCGAAACUCUCAAGCAUCCAUUGCAUAAACUCUGCGUCAAAGAAAGAAAUUUGAGCUCAACGAUGGCAGAUUACCAAGAACCGCCUGACCGUGGGUUAAACCGUAAUGACGGUGUGCCUGAAGCGAAUGGAUUUACCCAUUCCAACCAUAGCAGUCCUCAUGCCACACCAGCUCAAAUCACCCCUCCGGAAACUGGAAACUAUUAUCAGGGCUUUGAAAGGAACAGCGAUGGGCUCGAUAUGCCAAUGCCCAUAAAUCAUCAGCAUACUCGCAGCUACUCUGGAGGAAGCACGGGUGGAUAUCCGCCUCCACCAAUGCCCAGACCACAUCAACCGCCACCACCCCUUCACCAUCAUCAGCCCCAUCCUGAACAGUGGAAAUAUUCUCAAUCUCGCCAGCCACAGCACAUGGCUAUGCCAAUGCCUCAAGCGUUUCCUCCUCCGCAACCAGCGUAUCCACCCUACCCACCUCAAUCGAUGGGAGCGUAUCCACCCAUGGGUGGUCCUCCUAGUGGGGGCCCUCCUUCUUCGCAAGGAUAUCCAUCGCCUUAUCCGCCACGUUCUCAACCGCCAGGGCCGUAUCAUUCCCCGCCUCAACCCGAGCACAGUAGUCCAAAGUAUCCUCCAGCACAACCGCAGGAACCAACAUCACCGUACCCACCGGUCCACUUGGAACCGCACUCUCCGUAUCCUCCAAUGCAACAGGAACCGCAAUCACCAUACCCGCCUCUGCAUCAGGAACCAACAUCGCCCUAUCUACCUAUGCAUCAGCACGAGCCUCCAUCUCCGUACCCGCCAGUGCAUCAGCAACCGCCGGAACCAGCAUCACCGUAUCCACCAAUGCACCCAGACCAGCCACCUCCAUACCCUCUCGAGUCCAAUCCGCCGUAUCCUCCUCUACACCAAAAGGAAUCAUUGGCACCUUAUCCUCCACCGCAUCAACACCAGCAGCAACAGCCGUAUCCUCCACUGCCACCUCGUGUGCCGUUACAUCAGGAAAACAUGUUUCCUCAAAGAGCAGCUACCGCUUUCGCAUUCCGUAUGCCUGCACCUGAACGCUGGACUCGAACGCAGACUUACCAUCAGGCUGCUCCGUAUCCACCUCUCGAUUACAUGAAGCCGCCAGCCCAGGACUUUAUCAGCACAUACCGUCCAUCUACAGUGCAACCCUCAACUGCACGGGCCGCUGAUGCUCACCACCGCGAAUCAAUGCGAAAGUCACUCCAUCGUGCUGAUAGUUCGAAGCAUCAUGCAGACUCUGAUGAUUCGAGUGACGAGUCAGAUAUCGAGCAGGAAGAUGUUAAAGAGGAGGAAGAUUACCUCUCAAGCAAACCAUUGCCACCCGCUCCAUCUGUUGCUGCUCCUGCCGCCGCCACCGCUCCUGCUUCCAUUCCAAGCGAGUCGGCUCAAGAAGAAACGGUGCCUGCAGAAGGAUCGACAGACCCUGCACUAUUGUCAGUGUUGUCCAAAGCAUUUGCAAUGAAGAUGAAGGAGGUUGUGAGUUUGAGAGAACUCAGUUGCUCAACGGAGUAUCGAGAUGCAUUUACUGGUUUUGAAGCAGUGGAUACCGUAUUCGAGCUCUUGGGUGGACAGUAUCCUCGUGAGCACUGUCUCAAAGUGCUCAAUGCCAUGAUGCAAUGCAAGCCUGCAGGUCUAUUAGAGGCAGUGACGGAGGCCUCACAAAAGUCAUCGUAUCGCCGUGUAGUGUACGACUCACCUGAUGAGACUUACCGUUUACGAUCGGUCACACCAGUUGGUGUCUUCACUGGUAUUGCAAAAUGUUAUGUCCAUGGCUGUGAACCUGGUUACGGUGGCUGUUAUGCACCCCGCUGUCCAAACAAACCUACAGUUUACGAAAAAGAUGUAGAGGCACAAGAAUCUUUGGGACGAAGUGCAUCCAUGCGAUCCUCGAUCAUCUACACAGAAGGAAUGCGUACAACAGAAAAUUGGGGAAUGCGUGUUUCUCCAGAGUUCCAUGAAUCGGUAGAGCCGCGGGAACGUGAUCGUCAGGAAGCCAUGAACGAAGUGAUAUACGGUGAAGAGCAAUAUUUGAAGGACCUAGAGAUACUGCAUGAGGCUAUUGUUGGUCCUCUUAGUGAAUCCGAUGCAAUUGAGCCCGACAUGUGGCCACUAUUUGCAAGAGACGUCUUCAACAACUAUCAAGAAGUGGAGAAGGUCAGCUCAGAUCUAUUCGAAGAUCUUUAUGAACGUCAGCAAGAGUACGACCAGGAGUGUAUGCCUGGCAUCGCUGAUAUUUUGCUGAAACAUUUCGAACGAUUCACCGAGCCGUAUGCACGCUAUGUACCCAAUGUCCACCUAGCAGAAUACAUUGUCGCCCUUUCUCGACGUUCCAACGACAGAUUCAGUCAAUUUCUGCAGUCGCUUCAGUCCAAUCCACAGCUGAACAGACAGACCUUCCGCCACUUUUUGCUUCGUCCGGUGAUGCGUUUGCAGCGUUAUCCCUUGCUGCUCUCGGCCAUUAUCAAAAAGACGGACGAGGAUCAUGAGGAUUAUGAGACGCUACAGAAAUGUAAAGAGAUAAUUGGCGGUGUGGCAGCACUGUGCGACCAGCUGUCUGUCAACGUCAAGAACCGUGUUGAGAUUUUGACCCUGAACAGCGCACUGACCUGUCGACAGGGCGAGUUUUAUGAUCUCAAACUCACCGAUCCACAGCGUAAAAUCUAUUUCCGUGGUGAUCUCAAGCGCGAUAACUCGACACUCGAAGUCAGCGAAAAAUAUAUCCACGUCGUCGUGCUUGACCAUCUUGUCCUGUUGACCAAGGCACGCAAAACAAGCGAGAACACAGAGUACAAGAUCUGGCGACAACCGAUUCCCCUUCAGAUGCUCUAUAUCCAAGGCGUCACCAACGAAUUCACCUUGCCUUCAUUGCUCUCGUCGCGUACAAGCACAAUGCAUAGCACAUAUACCUCGAUUCGUUCGCAAACUACCACGCGUGGUCAGAUCCCGUCGCUGUCCUUGACACUGGUUCAUCCGGGUCGACAUGGAGGGACCUAUUAUCUCUUGUGCAGCAAUCCAGAAGAAAAGAAAGAGUGGCUCUCGGCUGUAAGACUCGCCAAGGAGAACUUGAAGGGUCAGGUGGAUGCUUUCGGUCCAAUCAACAUCGAUUCUUCAUUUUUCCGACGCGAAUAUGAAGCAGUGACUACGACCGAAGGUCCUGGCAAGGUUACCUGUUCUGUGCCAUUUGUUUCUGCAAAAGGCUCUCAAAAAGUAGCAAUUGGUACAACAGCGGGUGUUUACUUUAAGACGGUUGGCGGAGGCCGUCCUCGAACUAUCCUUUCACUGAAGAACGUUAUGCAAGUGGGAGUCAUGCAAAAAUACCAAAUCUUGCUUGUACUGGCUGACAAGGAGCUUCAUGCCUAUCCUUUGGAUGUGCUGGAUGAUCCAAAGAAUAUCAAAGCACCGGAUCAUUUCAAGCACGUAAUCAGUGACCCGGUGCACUUUUUCCAAGUCGGUGUGUGCAACGGCGAGGACAUGCUAGUAUAUGCAAGACAAAAGACGGUUUCGACCAUUUUCACUGCUUGCAAACCUGCUCGCGAUCCAAAUGCGUCCAGCACCAGUAGAGGCUAUCUGCGAUCGCAUAGAUCGCUUUUCAGCACCCAUGGAAGCAAGAGCUCGUGGUUCUCUACCUACAGAGAAUUCUCGGUGGGUGCUCGCGCAACCAAUAUUCACUUUUUGAAAUCCAAAUUUGCAGUGGUGUGCGAACGGGCGUUUGAAAUCAUUGAUCCAGAAGACCUAGUAGAUGGACACACAAUCCCUGACGAACAGGAUCCUCAGUUCGAUUUCUUGGAAAAGCGAAGAGAUGGCCUUAGACCACUGGCCAUGUAUCGUGUGCAAGGGAAGUUCCUGAUGUGCUACAACAAGUUUGCAUUCUACGUCAAUAACCGUAACCAACAACUCGUUCCACGCGAUGAAACAUCGGAGCUAUUGUGCGAAUUUGAAAGCCAUCCUGACAAUAUUGUGUACCAGCAUCCAUAUGUGCUUGCUUUCGACCAGCGCUUUAUCGAAAUUCGCCAUGUUGAAACGGGUGAUCUUGUUCAAAUGAUACCAGGCAACGACUGUCGUCUUACGUAUUACAAUGGCAAUGGAAACACAGGAGAGCCGCUCGUUAUUGAAGGAUGCAUUGUUCGCGCGGAUCAGGCCAAUUAUCAAAGCAUCUUCAGACUGCAAAUGAACCCAGAUGUACAAACUAAAACGUAAUCUUUCUUUCCUUCUCCUUGCUUAUAGUUGUCAUGUAUACCUUGUACCUUUAUGUUUACUACUAUUACUGCUAUAACAGCAACAAUCAAUAUAUACGAAACAGUUAAUCGUCAAUUCCUGACUCGUAAAACUUCCUAUUCUUUCGACACUGUUGAACAAAGCUAAGUGUUUCCAGAGAAUGUUACUCGGAGUACAGCAUGCAUAAAUUUUUGCAGCAGCAAUAAAGGUCACGGGUCUCUUAUCAGAGGAGAGUCGUCAUAAUUUG